AUGGUCGCCCGUCCACCGUUGCCCCUCCGAUUCGCGAACCCGAGAUUGCAAGAUCAUUUGGCUGCUCCAAAUACUCCCCCGGUCAAGUACCAGAUACUCAACUGCCAAGGGAAAGACAUCCUUGUCGGACGACUGAAGAUUGAAACCCCCACUGACACCGGCCAUGCCUUCAUUCUACGCAGGUUCGACACUGGGGCUGUCAGCUUGACAACCAUGUUCCGUGCCGCGUUUCCCAAUGCCUCUGACAAUGACGAGAGGAUAGAAAUUCAAUGGGUUAGAGAUAACUAUGACCUAAGUGGGAAUAAUGGCUCUACCAAGGAGCCGCAGAUCACCCGUCUCGCUGGAACAUGGGUCAGCACAGAGAUUGCACUGGAGCUAGGACAAACAUACUCUUUGGGGAAGCUCAUCAAGGCCGUCGUGGAGGCGACUCCCGAUCCAAAUGGAUCCUAUAGGAGGUCUGGCAAGGGUGCAGCGACAGCACCGUCGAAUCAUGUCACCGGCGCAAACAUUCCUCCCAUUCAUCAGGAGCCCCCACGACAAGAGUCUGCGCCUGUAGUCGCUUCUCCAAAGCCACCUUCUGCAUCCAAAACGCUUCCUACACCCUCACCCACAGCCGUCCUGCCCCCCAGUAAGCGCCGGAAGGAAUCGUCGCCCGUUCCCACACCGCAGAGCAGUAAACCUCCAUCACGGGGCUCACCUGCGCCUUCGAAAAUUGCGGUUGCGACUCCCAGGAGGUCUGCACGGACGAAGAGCCCUGCUCCGCGAUCGACUGCUACCCCCGUAGCCCUUACCUCAAUCCGCACCCCCAAGGUAACCCGUUCAUCGGCGAAGAAGGAGGCUGUUGCGUCGAAUUCAUUACCAACCCCAGGUGGUGACUCCGAUCUUAAUACCGUAGAGGAAGAGAACCAAUUGGUGGAGGAUGGUAUUGCUGGUUCGAAACUACAUGAGGAAGAUGUAAAGGAGCAGAAAAAGCUUAUCCAAGACCUGAAGGCGCAGAGGGAUGCGGCUAAAUCCUCAAUUGGAGACGAUGCAACCACUGUGGAAACUGUAGAGGAAUCAUCGACCAAGAAAAGAGAGCGAGAAGAUGAGGCAGCAACAUUGAAGUUUGAAUUUAAAGAGCCCGAGACAGAGGAGCGGGUAAUUGCUACCAAUCGACGUGUGGGUCGCUUUAAUCUGGAACCGAGAGGAAAAUCAGUUGCUUGGGGUGUUGCAGCCUUCGUUGUAGGCCUGGGGGCGGUGUAA